GCACAUUCGUGUUGUCUUCCUGACCAUGACCAUGUACUCCCUGAGGAUAAUAAGCCUAGUGAUGUGCGCGGGGUUGGCGUUAGGCGCGGACGUAGGUUCGACCACGACCGCGACCGCGGGUGUUACCGCGGACCCUUGGGACAUCGUGCCUUCUCUAUUGCUCUGUGCUUCCAGUGACUCGCCGACCGCCUGUGUCCAGACCCGGGCGAUUCGUGCCCUGGAGGACCUUGGGGACAAGGAGGAUGACCCGCUGCCCAAGGGCGUGUCCCCGGCCGUGGCUCGCGUCAUUGACAGGAUAGGAGACCUGCUAGCCUCUGGGUUGUCGCAGUGGUACCCAGCAGACACGGAGGAGGGCAAGUCUGCCGGUGGCGACAAUGAUAUUGAACAAGCUCGAGGACACAAGAAGAAGGUGAAGAAGGCGAUCAAAAAGGCCAUCCUGAAGUUGAUCAUCGUAGGACUGCUGAUCAAGCAGAAGAUCAAGAUGCUGCUGAUGGCUGCCCAGACCUUCUUACAGUUCAAGUUCCUGUUGGUCGCUAUCGUCUACGUCGUCAGCAACAUCGUCAAGAUCUGGCUGGAUAUCAAGAGUAAGCAUCAUCCCCAGAAGGUCAUCUACUACGAGAACGCUCAUCAUCAGCACCACUACGAGCCAGAACACCACGACUUCGACGAGCACGAGCACGGUGGUGGCUGGGGAGGACUUUGGGGACGUAGCAUUGUUGCCACGGAGCCCACCCCUACCAACAGCCCCUACCACAGCGCUCAGGGUGGUUCUUCAGGCAGCUACGACAACUACCCCCGCAGUAUGGACGCCCAGGAUAUCGUCUACAGGGCUCACAAGCAGUAAACCCUUACCUCUUCAUAACCUCAGUAGCCAAAGACUACCAGAUGUUCGGCGUUUUACUUUAGAUUAUAGAUACUGAAGUUUACCAAAUGCCUAAAGCAAGGUUCAAGUAAUUAGUUAGAACUAUCAGAUGAACAGCAGAUAUCAAAAUGACUUUGAUUGAUAUCGUAGGAUAUUGGUAAGAACGAUUUAAUUUUCCAGGUUAUCAUAUUUGCGAUUUCGAUCAAGUCCACUAUGAACCUCGUUCUACAGAGGCACAGCUGGGAAAAAUCAGCUGAUAACUUCAGUAUAUAUAGUCAAUCAGCUGUUAUCUCAAAUGUUCAUAUUGAUAUUUGUGUUGAUAUAGUGUUUAAAAAGCUACUUAAACCUGCCAUUGAUUGUUUUCUAGCUAUGAUUUAUCAGUUACUUAAUGUGUGAGGUUUAUGUUCAAUGUUGAAUUUAUAUUUUGCCAAAAUUGUAGUGAUUUGGAUUUAUAUUAAUCAAGAAACGUAAUUUUGAACUUAAAAGAUUCGUAUUUAAAAAUACCAGACACCAAAGAGUUUUAUAUUAUUUAUUGAGAGUUUUAGCCUGAAUGCCUUAUGAUUUUGGUUGUAAGUUAAAACAUUCUUUACUAUUUGAUAUAUAAAGGUGUUUUCUAUAAUUUUGAAUUAUUCUGCUACAGGAUAAGGGAAGGAUCAUGGAUUUUUAGAAAGGGGGGUUUCGUUUGGGAUUAUUAUUUUUUUAUGUUACAGCAGGCAGAAUCAAAACUAAUGCCUGAAUAGGUUUUCUUGCCCAUAUUUAACGUUCAAACGUCUAACUUUGUAUAUUUUUUUUGUAUUUUGCAAAUCAAAAUAUUUCAAGUAAACAAUGACUAUGUCAUUAUAAUAAUCAAAAAUGUCUGACUUAGUCAUUCAAUGUUAAUAGAUAAACUUAGUAGUUUAGUAAAAUUUAACUUUCUACCAAGUAGUUAAUCAUUUGCACUUAUUAUAUAUUAUAAUAAGGUGCCAACAGAUUGUGGUGGUUUACAUACUUAUAUAACGUUUGCACAAAUUGUGUUACUAAACAUUGCUCAAUUUUACUUUUACUAAAUAAUUUAUAAUGAAACUCCGUGUAAGUUUAUAAUUCAAACUAAUGAGUAGUGUUUACUUUUUUCUUCUUCAUUUAAUAUUACUGUGACUC